AUGGAGGGUCAUUGUUAUGACCGGUUUGGAGAUGGAGAGAGGGACAACUACCAGAUUGAUUACCGGAGGAUUGUAGGGGACAUGGAACCAGCACGGCCACGUAUCUCAAACAGAGAUGGGGAACAACCUCCUCCUUUUGGGGCAUUUGCCCACCCAUCACCACAUGGACAUGGGCAUGAGACCGCGGCCCAGCGAUACAGUGCUACACGAAUCCAAGCCGGAUACGAACCAGAAAGCAUGGCGGACUACUUGAUCAGUGGAGGCACAGGUUACGUUCCUGAAGAUGGAUUAACAGCACAACAGCUCUUUUCCAUCGGUGAUGGACUUACAUACAAUGACUUUUUGAUCCUCCCCGGUUUCAUAGAUUUUACCUCAGAUGAGGUGGAUCUAACCUCUGCACUGACGAGGAAGAUAACCCUGAAGACUCCUCUCAUUUCAUCUCCCAUGGAUACAGUCACAGAGUCAUCCAUGGCCAUCGCCAUGGCACUGAUGGGGGGGAUUGGCAUAAUUCAUCAUAACUGUACUACAGAGUUUCAGGCCAAUGAGGUGCGAAAAGUUAAGGUAAGACAGACCAAGUCAACAAAGACACAGUACGUAAUGGCAUGUGGACGACCCCAAGGAACAUCCGUUUACAAGGUCGCAGAGUACGCCCGACGUUUUGGAGUCCCAGUAAUCGCAGACGGAGGAAUUCAGACUGUUGGACACGUGGUGAAGGCGCUGGCCCUGGGAGCAUCUACAGUGAUGAUGGGCUCUUUGCUCGCUGCAACCACUGAAGCUCCAGGAGAAUAUUUCUUCUCUGAUGGUGUGCGCCUGAAGAAGUACAGAGGGAUGGGCUCCCUGGAUGCCAUGGAGAAAGAUAACAGUCAGAAACGUUACUUCAGUGAGGGAGAUAAGGUGAAGGUGGCUCAAGGUGUCUCCGGCUCAGUACAAGAUAAAGGCUCCAUCCAUAAAUUUGCUCCUUACCUCAUUGCUGGGAUCCAACAUGGCUGCCAGGACAUAGGAGCCAAGAGUUUGUCCAUUUUACGGUCGAUGAUGUAUUCCGGAGAGCUGAAGUUUGAGAAGAGAACCAUGUCUGCUCAGAUGGAGGGAGGAGUUCAUGGCCUCCACUCUUAUGAGAAGCGGCUUUACUGAGGGAGGAGGAAAAGGAAAUGCUCGAUCAGGACCUAACGUCCCGGCUCCAGCAGCU